AUGAAUAUUCUUGAAUGGUUUUUUGGAGAGAGAAAAACGCCUCAGGAACGUCUACGACAACAUCAACGCUCAUUAGAAAGGGCACAGAGAGAGAUAGAACGUGAAAAAACAAAGCUUGAUGCACAGGAAAAGCAGUUGGUUGUGGAUAUUCGAAAAAGUGCAAUAGCAGGGCAAAUAGAAACGACAAAAGUUAAAGCAAAAGAUCUUGUGCGAACACGUAAACAAAUCAGUAGAUUUGUGCAAAUAAAAACACAAUUACAAGCAAUUGCAUUAAGAAUUCAGACAGUACAAACUCAUGAACAAAUUUCACAAAAUAUGAAGAAAGCAACAAAACUCUUGGGCUGUAUAAACCGAACAACACGUCUUCCAGCAUUAAUGAAAAUUACUCAUGAUUUCGAGAAAGAAAGUGAUAUGAUGGAACAACGAGAGGAAAUGAUGGAUGAAGCGAUUGAUAGCAUUAUGGAUGAUGAUGAGACUGAAAACGAUAUAAUAGUAAAUCAAGUACUGGAUGAGAUUGGUAUUAAUCUUCGGCAAAAUUUUGACAACCUUCCGUCUAUUACACACACCAUUAAUAAGGAAUCUCAAAAAACAACACAGCCUAUAACAGAAUCGAAAAGCGAAUACUAUGAUGAUUUUGGGGAACGGUUAAAGAAUCUUAAACGAUAA